GAAUUACAUUUACCAUAUCUGUAUUCGCCUAGUGUAAAAGCUCUUUGCACGGCAAAAUCGGGAGCUCCGUCGCAAAAAUGGAUCGGGCACAGCUUCUAUUGGUAGGUCUGCCCCUUUUCCUCUUCUGCUCCGACAUCUUCAGCCUCUUUUCUCCAGCGCCGUCGAAGCCUGCCGCUCCCCACCACCACCACCACCACCACCCCGAUUCGCAGCCACUGAUCCAGCCCCGCCACACACCCCUGGAAUUUCCUACUCAGAAAGCAAGCGGGAUUGGUUAUGGAAACACUGUUAGCAUUGAUUUUUGUUCAUCCUGUUCUUACAGAGGGACCGCUGUCACAAUGAAGAAUAUGUUAGAAAGUCAGUUUCCUGGGAUCAAUGUUGUUCUUGCAAAUUAUCCUCCUCCUCUGCCUAAGCGCUUGUUGAGCAAGGUCGUGCCAGUUGUACAAUUUGGCGUGAUUGGCGUCAUAAUGGGCGGUGAGCAUAUUUUCCCGAGGCUAGGAUUAGCUGCACCACCCCAAUGGUACUAUUCCAUGCGUGCAAAUAGAUUUGGGAGCAUGGCAAGCACUUGGCUACUUGGAAACUUCGUUCAGUCCUUCUUGCAAAAUUCUGGUGCUUUUGAAGUGUACUGUAAUGGUGAACUGGCAUUCUCCAAACUUAAGGAGAAUAGGUUCCCCGGAGAGAUAGAGUUGAAAGAACUGGUUACUCGUAGGAUUGUUAAUUCAAGAGUGAUCAUUUGAUUUUUAUGGCUGAUGGAGGGCACUCGAUGCAAGAGUUUUAAAGAAUAUCGGUAAACAUUAGUCCUAGUUUAAUCUAUAGAACUUUAUGUUUUCCUCAUAGAAUAGCACGUGUAUUUGAAAGAUUAGUUCUUGUCAUUUAUAAAGUCAUGCUGCUCGUAUUCUGCAGUAGUUUUCCA